AUGUACAAUAAAAAUUUGUUAAAAAUAUACAUUACGUUGAUUACAUUAGUGGUAUCUAUCACAACCAUCGAUGCAGCUUUAUCACCUUCAACAGGAUUGAACGGAAGCUUCCCAGCAACUUUUCCUGAACUUGAUAAAGUACCACCAUCAGUCGCCGCUUGGACUGCUAUGGUCGAUAAAUCAAAAUAUCCUAAUAUCCCACCUAAUUCUGUUGGAUACUCAUGUACUCCGGGCACUGUUGACACUUAUUGUUCUUUCGUUUGCACGAGCUGUUCCAGACCUGAAACUGAUAUAACUUACUGUCCGAAACUCAAAGAUCACCUUAAAAAAAAUAAUCAAAAAGCCACAUUUUUUGUUAUUGGUUCUCGCGUUUUUCAAAAUCCAGAAAUUCUACAACGAACCGUAGAUGAAGGUCAUCAAGUUUGUGUACAUACAUGGUCGCAUACUCCAUUAACUACACAAACUGAUGAACAAAUUAUUGCGGAAAUGAAAUGGACAGAAUUGGCAAUUCAAAAGGCCGUAAAUUUAACACCGAGAUGUAUGCGUCCUCCAACAGGUGAUAUAGAUGAUAGAGUUAGAGGAAUUGUAAAACAAUUAGGUUAUAAAGUUAUACUUUGGAAUCAUGAUACCUUUGAUUGGAAAUCAGCAUCAAACACAACAAUCCCACCUUAUGACUUAAACUGGAUUCCUCAAAAUUUUACAUUAUGGGCUAAAAAUCAAUCGGCAACCACUGGAGUUAUAUCUCUCGAACAUGAUUUAUACGCCACUUCAGCUUCUAAAGCACCAGAAGCUAUGGAUAUUGUAAAGGCCAAUGGCUUUACUGCCUUACAAGUUUCAAACUGUUCCAAAUCAUCUGCAGAGACACGAUUCGCCUUUAAUGCUUUGACAAUAUUUUCAUCAAUUGCAUUUGCUAUGGUUACUGGAUCUAUCAUUAUGUUUACUUAA